CCGUUUUCGACUUUUGGGGCAGAUCCACGAUCCACCAUACCCAAUUAAGAGAUUUCUUGUUCAACCAGUCCAAACCCAUGGAAUCUGUUCUCCGUCUCACUGGUUCAACAUUACAAAACUUUAUAUGGACGGCCAGGCACUGCAGACGCUCGGCACUUCUUGUUCGGUCGACUGAUAUUUUUUUCCUGCCUGGGAAAAUCUUCAAAGACACUGCACGAAGAGUCAAGUCCCCCAGGCUCCCUCCCACUUCUCUCUUUUCGUGCUCACCAUUUUCCUUCUCUAUAUUUUUUCUUUCUGACGGUAAUUCAAUUCAAUCUUUGCCGACAUCUUUUUUUCUGGCCUGCAUUCUCGAAUUGCCUCGAGUUAGCCAGAUUAUUUACUCUUUAAUAAUAGAUUCCUCUAGCCUGCCAGCUUCCGCCACUGGAUUGCUACGACGAAAUUCUUCUGCAUAGACACGAGACAACGACAAGAUGUACGGAACAUCAACAGGCCCCCAGACGGGCAUUAAUACACCGCGCUCUUCCCAGUCACUGAGGCCUCUUAUUUUAUCCCACGGAUCGCUUGAAUUCUCCUUCCUUGUCCCAACUUCUAUCCACUUCCACGCCUCGCAGCUGAAAGACACCUUCACAGCUUCGCUACCUCAGCCGACAGAUGAACUUGCCCAAGACGACGAGCCAUCCUCGGUAGAGGAGCUUGUUGCGCGCUACAUCGGCCACGUUGCCCGCGAGGUCGAAGAAGGAGAGGACGGCGCUCCUGAGGCGAAUCAGGACGUCCUCAAGUUAGCCCUCAACGAGUUUGAACGUGCCUUCAUGCGCGGAAAUGACGUUCAUGCAGUUGCCGCUACCCUUCCCGGAAUCACAGCUAAGAAGGUCUUGGUUGUUGAAGCCUAUUAUGCUGGUCGAGCAGCUGCUGGUCGGCCAACAAAGCCAUAUGAAUCUGCACUAUUCAGGGCCGCCUCGGAUGAGAAAGCAAGCAUUUACUCCGUUUUCGGGGGGCAAGGGAACAUUGAGGAGUACUUUGACGAGCUCAGAGAAGUUUACAAUACUUAUACGUCCUUUGUUGACGACCUCAUCUCAUCUUCCGCUGAGCUGCUGCAAUCUCUUUCCCGCGAGCCGGACGCCAACAAACUCUAUCCAAAAGGCCUGAAUGUCAUGCAAUGGCUUCAAGAACCUGACACUCAACCCGAUGUGGAUUACCUCGUCUCGGCCCCGGUGAGUCUGCCAUUGAUUGGUUUAGUUCAACUAGCACACUUCGCGGUCACUUGCAAGGUGCUCGGAAAGGAGCCCGGCGAUAUACUUGAGCGUCUAAGUGGGACUACGGGCCAUUCCCAAGGCAUUGUCACCGCUGCGGCGAUUGCAUCUGCCACUACUUGGGAAAGUUUCAGAAAGGCGGCUGCCAAUGCCUUGACGAUGCUAUUCUGGAUCGGCUUGCGCAGCCAACAAGCAUACCCCCGAACAUCCAUUGCCCCAUCGGUCCUACAGGAUUCGAUCGAAAAUGGCGAAGGUACACCCACUCCUAUGUUGUCCAUUCGUGAUCUUCCGAAAGCUGCAGUUCAGGAGCACAUCGACAUGACCAACCAACACCUUCCGGAGGACCGGCACAUCUCGAUUUCUCUGAUUAAUAGCGCCCGUAACUUCGUCGUCACUGGACCGCCCCUCUCGCUUUAUGGUCUCAAUCUCCGUCUUCGCAAGGUCAAGGCUCCCACUGGCUUGGAUCAAAAUCGUGUGCCGUACACCCAGCGUAAAGUUCGUUUCGUGAACCGGUUCCUCCCGAUCACUGCGCCUUUCCACAGCCAGUACCUUUAUUCAGCAUUCGAUCGAAUCAUGGAAGAUCUGGAAGAUGUGGAAAUUGCACCCAAGGCUCUUACCAUCCCAGUUUUCGGAACCAAGACUGGUGAAGAUCUGCGGAAACUCAGCGACGCGAAUAUUGUCCCUGCGCUGGUUCGGAUGAUCACUCACGAUCCGGUGAACUGGGAACAAGCAACUGUUUUCUCGGGCGCAACUCACAUUAUCGAUUUCGGCCCUGGAGGCAUCUCCGGGCUUGGGGUCCUUACCAAUCGCAACAAAGACGGCACAGGUGUCCGUGUGGUUCUUGCGGGCGCGAUGGAUGGAACCAAUGCGGAAGUUGGAUACAAGCCCGAACUGUUUGACCGGGACGAGCACUCGGUCAAGUACGCUAUUGACUGGGUAAAGGAGCACGGACCACGGCUGGUGAAGAACGCCAACGGGCAAACCUUUGUCGAUACCAAAAUGAGCCGGCUGUUGGGUAUCCCCCCAAUCAUGGUGGCUGGAAUGACCCCAACGACAGUGCCCUGGGAUUUCGUGGCCGCCACCAUGAAUGCGGGAUACCACAUCGAACUUGCUGGUGGUGGUUAUUACAACGCGAAGACCAUGACGGAAGCAAUUACCAAGAUCGAGAAGGCCAUUCCACCGGGCAGGGGAAUUACUGUCAAUUUGAUAUACGUCAACCCCCGUGCUAUGGCUUGGCAGAUUCCGUUGAUUGGUAAACUCAGAGCCGAUGGUGUGCCAAUUGAGGGUCUUACCAUUGGAGCCGGCGUCCCGUCCAUUGAAGUCGCGAAUGAAUACAUUGAGACGCUCGGCAUCAAGCACAUUGCUUUCAAGCCGGGCUCUGUGGAUGCCAUCCAGCAAGUAAUCAACAUUGCCAAGGCGAAUCCCAAGUUCCCAAUCAUCCUGCAGUGGACUGGUGGGCGUGGCGGUGGGCAUCACUCUUUCGAGGAUUUCCAUCAACCAAUUUUGCAGAUGUACAGCCGUAUUAGACGAUGUGAUAACAUUGUUCUGGUCGCUGGUAGCGGUUUCGGUGGCUCUGAAGACACGUACCCAUACCUCUCCGGAAACUGGUCAUCACAAUAUGGCUAUCCGCCAAUGCCUUUUGAUGGAACGCUAUUCGGUAGCCGCAUGAUGACAGCCAAGGAAGCCCACACCUCCAAGAACGCCAAACAAGCCAUUGUGGAUGCCCCUGGUCUCGACGAUAAGGAUUGGGAGAACACCUACAAGGGCGCUGCUGGCGGAGUUGUCACUGUCUUGUCGGAAAUGGGAGAACCGAUCCACAAGCUGGCCACCCGAGGUGUUCUAUUUUGGCAUGAGAUGGAUCAGAAAAUUUUCAAACUCGACAAAGCAAAACGUGUGCCUGAGCUGAAGAAGCAGAGGAACUACAUCAUCAAGAAACUCAACGAUGACUUCCAUAAGGUCUGGUUUGGCCGGAACUCUGCUGGAGAAACUGUCGACCUGGAAGAUAUGACAUACACUGAAGUCGUGCACCGCAUGGUAGACUUGAUGUAUGUCAAGCACGAAAGCAGGUGGAUAGAUGAGUCUUUGAAGAAGUUGACCGGUGACUUCAUUCGUCGAGUAGAGGAACGAUUUACGACAACUGAAGGCCGCGCAUCUCUCCUUCAGAACUACUCCGAGCUCAAUGCUCCAUAUCCCGCUGUCGACAACAUCCUCGCGGCCUAUCCGGAGGCGGCGACCCAGCUGAUCAACGCCCAAGACGUCCAGCACUUCCUUCUCCUCUGCCAGCGCCGUGGGCAGAAGCCUGUGCCGUUUGUUCCCUCGCUGGAUGACAAUUUCGAGUACUGGUUCAAGAAGGAUUCUCUCUGGCAGAGCGAGGACUUGGAGGCAGUUGUCGGACAAGAUGUUGGAAGGACCUGUAUCCUACAGGGCCCAAUGGCUGCUAAGUUUUCGACCGUCAUUGAUGAACCCGUUGGCGAAAUUUUGAACUCGAUUCACCAAGGACAUAUCAACAAUCUGGUCCGAGAUGCUUAUGGCGGCGAUGAGGCGACUGUUCCUAUCACAGAGUACUUUGGGGGACGGUUCACCGAAGCUCUGGAGGAAUUGGAUACCGACGGCCUUACAAUUUCCGAAGACACGAACAAGAUCAGUUACCGGUUGGCCUCGUCCUUAGCCGACCUGCCUGAGUUGAACCGCUGGUGUCGCCUGCUGGCUGGCCGUUCGUAUUCCUGGAGACACGCUCUAUUCUCGGCAGAUGUAUUUGUUCAGGGCCAUCGCUUCCAGACAAAUCCGCUGAAGCGGAUCAUCUCGCCCACUCCAGGCAUGUAUGUCGAGAUUGCGUAUCCGGAGGAUCCAGCAAAGACGGUCAUCAGUGUGAGGGAGCCUUACCAAUCUGGCAAGCUUGUGAAGACGGUUGAUGUGAAACUCAAUGAGAAAGGACAAAUCAGUCUCACCCUUUAUGAGGGAAGAACCGCGGAGGGCGGCGUUGUCCCUCUGACGUUCUUGUUCACGUACCACCCAGAAGCUGGAUAUGCACCAAUCCGAGAGGUCAUGGACAGCCGCAAUGAUCGCAUCAAGGAAUUCUAUUACCGCAUCUGGUUCGGUAAUAGGGAUGUGCCAUUCGACACCCCAACAACGGCCACUUUCAGUGGAGGUCGUGAGACGAUCACAGCACAGGCUGUCGCCGACUUUGUUCACGCGGUGGGCAACACUGGAGAAGCCUUCGUCGAACGUCCCGGAAAGGAAGUCUUUGCUCCCAUGGAUUUCGCGAUCGUUGCUGGUUGGAAGGCCAUUACCAAGCCCAUAUUCCCUCGCACGAUCGAUGGCGACCUGUUGAAGCUUGUCCAUUUGUCUAACGGAUUCAAAAUGGUUCCUGGUGCUCAGCCACUUAAGGUCGGUGAUGUUCUUGACACAACUGCGCAAAUCAAUUCCAUCCUCAACGAAGACUCUGGAAAGAUUGUUGAGGUCUGUGGUACGAUCAAGAGGGAUGGAGAGCCUAUCAUGCAUGUUACCAGCCAGUUCCUUUAUCGUGGGGCUUAUACCGACUUCGAGAACACCUUCCAGCGGAAGGACGAGGUUCCCAUGCAGGUUCACCUCGCGUCUAGCCGAGAUGUGGCAAUCCUUCGAUCGAAGGAAUGGUUCCGCUUGGACAGGGAUGAUGUCGAAUUGCUGGGGCAAACCCUGACCUUCCGUCUUCAGAGUCUGAUUCGCUUCAAGAAUAAGGCCGUUUUCAGCCAGGUUCAAACCGUGGGGCAAGUACUCCUCGAACUUCCCACAAAGGAAGUUAUCCAGGUUGCGUCUGUCGACUACGAAGCUGGCACGUCCCAUGGCAACCCCGUGAUUGAUUACUUGCAGCGAAAUGGAACUUCCAUCGAACAGCCUGUCUACUUUGAGAACCCCAUCCCUCUUAGUGGAAAGACGCCGCUCGUACUCCGUGCUCCCGCCUCUAACGAGACAUACGCCAGGGUGUCUGGUGAUUACAACCCUAUUCACGUAUCCAGAGUAUUCUCCAGCUACGCAAACCUACCAGGCACCAUCACCCAUGGGAUGUACUCAAGUGCUGCAGUCCGAAGCCUGGUUGAGACUUGGGCCGCUGAAAACAACAUCGGCCGCGUCCGAGGUUUCCACGUGUCCCUUGUUGACAUGGUUCUUCCAAACGAUAUGAUAACUGUCAAGCUGCAGCAUGUCGGUAUGAUUGCGGGUCGUAAGAUCAUCAAGGUUGAGGCUAGCAACAAGGAUACGGAAGACAAGGUUCUUCUGGGUGAAGCCGAGGUCGAACAACCAGUCACGGCGUAUGUCUUCACUGGCCAGGGAUCUCAGGAGCAAGGUAUGGGAAUGGAGCUAUACGCCACCAGUGCCGUCGCCAAAGAGGUUUGGGACCGGGCGGAUCGUCAUUUCAUUGAGAAUUACGGCUUGUCUAUCAUUGACAUUGUCAAAAACAACCCUAAGGAGCUCACCGUAUACUUUGGUGGGCCUCGUGGCAAGGCCAUUCGCCAGAACUAUAUGUCGAUGACCUUCGAGACCGUCAACGCCGAUGGAACCAUUAAGUCGGAGAAGAUUUUCAAGGAAAUCGACGAAUCAACAGCUUCCUACACAUACCGGUCUCCUACUGGCCUGCUCUCCGCCACGCAGUUUACCCAGCCUGCCCUCACGCUAAUGGAGAAGGCAAGUUUCGAGGAUAUGCGUUCGAAGGGACUCGUUCAAAGAGACAGCAGCUUCGCCGGUCACUCCCUUGGCGAGUAUUCUGCUCUCGCUGCCCUUGCCGAAGUCAUGCCCAUUGAAAGCUUGGUCUCUGUCGUGUUUUACCGUGGUCUGACCAUGCAAGUUGCCGUGGAGCGAGAUGAGCAGGGUCGCUCAAACUACUCGAUGUGUGCCGUCAACCCAAGCAGAAUUUCGAAGACUUUCAAUGAGCAGGCCCUUCAGUACGUGGUCGAGAACAUCUCCGAGCAAACUGGCUGGCUUUUGGAGAUCGUAAACUACAAUGUCGCAAACAUGCAAUACGUUGCGGCUGGUGAUCUCCGGGCACUUGACUGCCUCACCAAUUUGCUCAAUUAUCUCAAGGCGCAAAACAUUGACAUUCCGGCCCUCAUGCAGAGCAUGUCUCUGGAGGAUGUCAAAGCUCACCUUGUAAAGAUCAUUCACGAGUGCGUGAAGCAAACAGAGUCAAAGCCCAAGCCAAUCAACCUUGAGCGUGGAUUUGCUACCAUUCCUCUCAAAGGAAUCGAUGUGCCCUUCCACAGUACUUUCCUCCGCUCCGGUGUCAAGCCCUUCCGGUCGUUCUUGCUCAAAAAGAUCAACAAGACCACCAUUGAUCCCAGCAAGCUGGUCGGCAAGUACAUCCCCAAUGUGACAGCUCGACCAUUCGAAAUCACAAAGGAGUACUUCGAGGAUGUGUACCGACUCACCAACUCUCCCAGAAUUGCCCAGAUUCUAGCCAAUUGGGAGAAAUACGAGGAGGGAAACGAACCACGCACUAGCGGUGCUGCCACUGUUUGAGGUGUCAACCGAUAUUCAACUAGUCCGUGGAUUUUUACGUCUUAUAGUUUUCCUCAGCGGUGGGACCUCGAUUAUCCCAGUUUGGUCUUUUUAGUUUUGUAUAGUUUGUUGUUAAUUAGCAUCUACGGUCGGAAUCACAUUUAUAUAGAGUUCAGAUUUGCCAGGGAAAGUGUAUUGAACGUUCUGACUGCUCACUGCUUGCGCUGCGAAGUUCUCAGGACGCCUCUUAACAUUGUGGUAUUCGACCGUCUCGCGAGCAAAAUCCUGAUCAGCUCUGAUGAGAUCCCAUUUGUGAGGCAACUACCUUGUUUGACACAUCAUUCAUUGCCACUCGGAACUCGUGGAUGACCUUGGGGCUCACCAAAGAUUGAUUAAUCUACUGAAUGAAAAUAUAGGUAAGGGCGUAUGUGGUUGUAAUCCUCUUUAAAUGCUAUGCAGAGAGGCGCACGAUGAGAACUAUGUCUCCCUCCACGGACCUGGUCGCAGCAGGCGGUCCUCCUUCCCAUACACACCAACGUCCUUCACAAUCGCGAUAAACUUUCUAUGGUUUUCUCGGGAUUCUCCAAUACGAGGACGGAAGAUUCUCAAUAAAUCGGUACUCAGUAUACCGCUCACAGGAAUGGCAGCAUGGAUUUCAGCAGGAGUAGGAAAUCCCUGCGCAGUAGAGGGUGCAGGUGUCGAAACGCGUGUUUGACCUGUGAUAUCGUAAUUGACCAAUGUUAGUAUCAAAUUGCUUCUUAUCGGCAUAAAGCGCGAUGCAAGAAGAAUGACGGGUAUAACAUGCCUCGCAAUGAGUCGGGACUACUAGCACGACUCCCAGAGAAGCCUCUUCCAAGAAUCGGUGCCGGGCUGGCAGCUCUCGAGCCCUGGGGAGUAUCGCCCUGAGAUAUGACCGAAGGUGGAUUCAACUUCAGCUUCUUAGAUUUACCGGACUCACUCAUCUCCCCACCAGAUCCUGCAGGGCCAUCAACAUCACUUGUGGAACCUGCGCCGGGAAGGAUGUUCCGUACGCGCUUCUUGCCAGCCUAAGAGCAGUUAGUGAUCGAACAGGUCUACACGUAUGUGCGGGAAAACGCACCGGAAUUGACGAAGCGACUGGAGACAUGGGACGAGAGCCCGGUUGAGUGGAAGACUGUGAGGGCGAAUGCCUAUUUUUGCCCUUCUUGCGAGACGUGUCUGUUCCACUCGCGUCGGACACAUUGGGGGAUCCAAGGCGCUUUCGUGACGCACCGGCCGCAGCUUUCUUCGGUAAAUCACCAUGUCUGGGGCGUCCCGAUGGAGUAGUGUUGCCCUUGGAAGAUGUGGCUGAAUCUUUUUUGUUCUUUUCUUCGUCAGGUUUCCGAUCAUCUUCCUUGGGGUUUUCCGGAUCGGAUUCCUCAGAGCUCUAGAUUAGGUCAAGAUUAGCCAUAUUGACGAACGCAAACAUAGUAUUGGGCAGUACCUCAUCGUCAGUGUACGGGUUUGCAUCAGAACCGCUGCUAUAGUCAAAGUUCUUCUCCCUCUUUUGAAGAGCUUUCCGUACUUUCUUCCCAAGGACCCGUCUGGCUUCCUUUUCCUUCUUCUCUCUCAAUUCUUCCUGAUCGUACUCUUGCUCAUCUUUCAAAUCAAAGACAUUGGCUUUGAGUUGAUCCUGUUUAAUGCGCUUCUCUGCCGCCUUCGCAUCUUCGUCCUCAUUGAAGAGGUCGUCGUGCUCUUCAUCGUCGGCGAACCGAUCUUCUUCGAAAUCCAUCUCGUCCGCUUCUAGACCCUCAGCUGCUGGUGUACCCUGUUUUCCUGCGUAGACUUUCCUUUGUUUGGCGAAUUGUUCUAGCUCCUUUCGUUGAGCUAGCUCUUGCUGUUUCUCCAUGAACCACCGAGGGUCCUUGAUCUUCUUAGCCAUGAAUUUUUCGGCCUCUUCGAUGGUCAGCGCUUUGAAUUGAUUCUUUGCGCUGAACCGGUACCACUUCUCAACGGGUAUCGUCGUCAUUUUCCCGGUGCUCUCAAGAAUGAAAACCGCAUGAGUCUCCGAUAAAGCAGCUUCGUAAUUUCCGACCCAAAUGUUUUUAUUGUCGAAAUCCUCCAAAUGCCAAGGCAAAGCCUCCUCAUACUUGAUUCGGGCUCGAGCAAUCUCCUCUGGUGUCAUAUCUGUUUUGGAUACCUGCUGCGUCUUCUGCUUGGGCACAUUGGUUCGUUUUGGAGCAGCGCCAACCGAGGGGGCUAUCUGUGCAAGAUUUUCUGCUCUCUCUUUUUCUCGUGCGACUUUUCUGGCCUCCAUUUCUUCUCUUUCAUUUUCGUCAAUCUGGUUGCUAGUCUCAGAGGAAAACCGUUGUCCAGUGUGCCCUUUAUCCGCGUUCAAAUCAUGUAGGCGUGUUCGGGGAUCCCGACGCUGCAGCCUUACCGGCCUAGUAAACUGAGACUCAUCGCGAGGAUCUACCACUUUCUUUGACGCGAACCUAGCGAUAUGAUGCUUCAACCCUUCCUUGAUCGCCCGCUUUGUGAUCACGAGUGGGUAGUCCACGUAGGUUUCCGACAAAAGGGGGCCACUAAAUCCGUUCGCGGCAAAUUCACUUUUCGCCGGAGGGAGACUCACUUUCUCGGGUUGAGAACUAGGCGCCGCCGGUCGCGUAGGAAACGAUCUAAGUACUUGCGCAUUUCCGAUUGGAGCUUUCGAUAGAGUCUUCUUUUUUGGGCGAACAAGAGGAUCAGCUGCCCUUGGGCGUCGGAUACGCAUUGGUGGAGCUCCAGACGACCCUGUUGGAGUUUGCGAAGCUGGAUCAUUCGUGGGCGUUGUGGUAUUCAUGGCGACGGUUUGAGUAGCGCGCCAACGACGUAAGUCGAGGCCCUUAGAGGAGUUCGUCCACUGAUAUUAAAUAUUCCGUAUAAGUGACUAGUGAAGUGGGUUGUUUGAUGUCUUUGGAAAAUGGCGAGCAUAUGUGAGGUGUGAGCUCACUGGACUGAAAGUAGGAACACAAAGCGCCCGCUCGCAUGCUUAGGUAAUCACAUAUGCCUUAACUAUUUACACUAGAUUAUUGUAGUACGUGCAUUGCAAUCAAGCGAAGGAACAGACUGUGAUUCUAUCAUCCAAUUGAGAUAUGUUACAAAAACAAGAAUAUGACCUCCAAGUCUAUGGAAUCAAGGAUACUCCAUUUCAAGGUCGAUGUGACAUAUACCCGCUCCUCGAGAUGGGCUUGGGAGUUAGGGCGGUUGGCUUUUCCUCUCCCUCCUCGUCGCGCAUUAAAACCUGUACUAGCCGGUCACAAGCCUCACGAACGUCAUCAUCAUCGACGUGAAGAUGGCACUCUCGGAUGACUGGAUAAACAUUGAUUGCUCGCAAUCGAUCUCGCCCCUCCCGGGUAGUUGUCAACAAGAGCAGAGUUUCGAGGUGCGUGGCUAUGAUGCCACAAUCACUAUCCCUUUGUUUGUCGGGAGGCAGCAGUUGGAGGUCCGGGAGCAUGUCUGCCGUCUCCUCUUCAGUGUACUCUUCUGGUCCCAUAAUCGGCAGCAGAAUGUAGGGAAGAAUAUUGGCAUCUUCCUCGGAAAGCAGAGUUGGAUGAAAGGGGAUUUCGAAUGUAACGUUCUUUAUAGUGGACGCCACACCCCUCCUUCUAACCGCGCUUUUAUGCUCCGUAAAGACAGAAAGUUUCGUAACAGGUACAACUUUGUCAUAAUCCUGCCUUGAAGUAAAGUAGGUGCGCCCUUCUUUCAGUUUGGACAGAUCGGCGAAUAGAUAGGAUAGGUAGUCGUAAUUUGCAUGCUGAUUAAGUCCGCCCUCGGCGCCUUUGACAAAACAGUCCAUAAGCUGAUCGACCGCGUACGCUGAACUAGACACAGGCUCGGCUGUUCGACGUUUCAGAGAGAAUAUUUUUUUGAUUUUUUCCGAUUUCCCCAGGUUGGCGAUUAGCAUUGAGAAAGCGUCUGCAUUUUGCUCCUUCUUGUUCUGUCACCUAGCUUGUGAGUAUGUUGUGAUUACCGGUGGGCAGCGUUUUAGAUGAGAGAAAGCAAUGACCG